GUGAACAUGAAAGCAGAGGUUGGAGGGAUAUUUUACAUCACCCAGAAGGCCAUAGACUGUCUGCAAGUCAUCAGAAGCCAGAAGUGAGUUUGUUGAAUAUCCUCUCCAGCGUUCUACCUCAUGGUCUCAAGAUGGCUGCUCCAACUCUAGAUAUCCAGCCCUCGCAUCACAUGAUGGUGCUAAGCAGAAUAGAUGCCCACACCCGGAUCUAUGAAUAUGUUACAAAUCUGUUGUCUCCAGAGCCAGUCUGCUCAACCUCAUGUGUCCCUGGAGCAGAUACUUGGUGGCUCUGCCUGUGGCAAGAAUGAGACCCAGAUGAGCAACUAGCCGAGGCAGCUGGGUGACCAAGCUCUCCUUCCAGUGAUGUCAAGGUACCCCUCUUGCUUUAGCUUCACUUUUGACCCUGUGGAGUCUAUCAGCUGCAGCCCAACUCACCCUUGAUGCCAACCCAUUUACCACCACCCAAGGACUGCUGGCCAAGCCCACCAUUUCAAUCAGCCAAAACACUGCUACAGAGCAGAUGGAACAGGUGACCUUCUACUGUUACACCAAGGAUGCCAAUGUUACCAUCCAGUGGUUCUUCAAAGAUGUCCCCCUGGUGUUCCAUGAACGCAUGCAGCUGUCCACGGAUGGCAAGAACCUCACUAUCCUCACUGUGCAACGGGAGGACUCUGGGAUUUACAAAUGUGAAGCUCAGGGUUUCCUCCAGGUCCAUAGGAGUGAUCCCACCUUCCUGACUGUGAACUAUGGUCCUGACGCAUUUGAAAUCAAGUUGGAGUCUGGCGUAUCCAGCGGGGAGGUGGUUGAGGUGAUAGAGGGUUCCACUGUGACCCUCUCGGUGGACACACGGUCUCAUCCACCUCCUGACUAUUCCUGGUUUCUCCUCAACAACUCUCUCCCAUCUUCCUCGAUGAGAACAUUUACCAUCCAGGCUGUGUCCAAGGAGCAUGAAGGCAUGUACAGGUGCUUGGUGUCCAACAUUGCCACCCACCUGCUCCGCCUGAGUGCUCUUGAAGUCCGAGUCCUUGAAAUGCUGACUGAACCUCACAUUGUGUCCCCAACCCUGAAUCUCGUGGAAAAUGCCAGCUCUGUGACCCUGACCUGCCAGACCUCCCACAAGGAGGCUGGAGUCCUGUGGUUCCUGAGGGGCCAGGCCCUCCUGCCCAACAAACACCUGGUGCUGUCGGCCAACAACAGGAGCCUGGUCAUCCAUGGCCUCCGGAGAGACGACACGGGACCCUAUGAGUGUGAGGUCUGGAAUUGGGGCAGCCGGGCACGAAGCAAGGCCCUAAGGCUCACCAUCAGCUAUGGCCCUGAUCAAGUGGACAUCACCAGAGGGGCAGCAUCUGGGGCAGUCAGCACCGUCAAGGCAGAGCUCAACUCUAGCCUGACCCUGCACUGUCAGGCAGAGUCUCAGCCAGGCGCUGAGUUUCAAUGGACCCUUGAACAUUCCACCACUGUGUAUAUGGGGCAGCAGUUAAUCAUCGGGACCCUGACCUGGGAACACCAGGGUGUCUACAACUGCAUGGCCUCCAACCCACUGACCCAGCUGGCCCGCUCUGCCUCGGUCCUGGUCACAGUGGUAGGUUCCAGGUCUUCCCUGUCUGCAAGAGUCAUUGUUGGCAUUGCCCUCGGGAUCCUGAUUUUCAUUGCCCUGACUGCAGGCCUGGGCUAUUUCCUCUACAACAGAAAUGCCAAACGGUUCUCAAGGAAAAAAGCAGAGGACCCCCUCCAGGAGGCAGCAACACCCAGCUCUGCAGAGGAGCCCUGUGCAGAGUUCUGUUCUAAUUGGCCAAAGGCCAUGUAUGCCAAUUUACCUGAACCUCAAGGACAAGUUGGAGUCAAAGAGAUGCUGCCACCAGAUCCCCUAGAGCAAUUUUAUGAGAAGGAUCCACCAUCAACAGCCUCUGGAUACUAUUGUCAUGGCCCCAGAAAACCACCUCCCACAGUUGCAUUGGAUCCACUGGUCCCCACUCUACCAAAAGGAAACACAGAGUCAGACUAUGAGGUGCUUGUGAAUCCGGAGCAGAACAUUUACUGCCAGAUCAACCCCUCAGUCUAACAGAAGCAGAUUUCCUUCAGAAAUCCUAGAAAAAUCACGCUCAAUCAGAUAUUCAAUGAAAUGUAUUGGGUUCCUAUUGUAUUCCAGCCAUUGACUUUGUAGAUCUUGUGAUAUUCUGUUUUAAUGUGUUUUUCAAGCUCCAGACCCUAGCUCCUGCCAAAAUCUUGGGCUUUUGACUCAUGUUUCUUUAAAACCAAUACAAACAGGGAGAAAGUGACCCAGAACUGGAGUGCAAACCUAGCAGUUGGUGAUGCUAUAGCUGUAUCAUGAGGAUGAGCAAAUACUGGUGAUGGACACAGCAGGUGGGUUGGGAAAAUGUAGUGUGAGCCAGCCAGAGAUGAGCAGGGGAUGUAUUCAGGGGCCAGUCUUUCAAAUAAUGGCAGAGGAGAAGAAAAAGGAGCUAUUAAGAGAUGAUUACAGGAAAAAAUCAGAAUAAAGUAAGAAGCCUGGGGAGGAGCAGAUGCAAGAUGCUUAGAGUCCCAAGGGCUUUGGGGGUAGAAGUGGUGAGAAUCAGACUUGGUGAAGAGAGAGUGAGGAGUGAAGGGUGACUCUCAGGUUUCUGGGAGUCAUCCUGGAUGACUACAAGCCACUUUCUGAGGGAGUAAUGAGGGAGGAGCACAUUUCAGAUAGGGAAGGAAAAUCAAGAAUUUGCCUUAGGCAAGUCAAAAAUAGAUUAGCUAGAGAAUAAAAUAGGCAACUGUUCAUAAAAGUCUGGAUAGAUCAGGGUAGGAGAUACACAUUUGAGAAUUGUCAGUGGGAUUUAAAGUUAUGGGACUGUAGGAUAUCCUGUGUCAGGGCUCUCCAAGACCAGCCUCAGGCUCAGUGAUUUGCUGGAAAGAUUCAUAGGACCCAGAAGUGGUUAUACUCAUGGCUAUGGCUUAUUAUAGCAAAAAGAUAGAAAAUAAAAUCAGCAUAGGGAAAAGGUGCAUGGGGUGAAAUCUGAAGGACACCAUGUACAAACUUCCAAGUGUCUUUGCUCAGUAGAGUCACAGGGGAAUUCCCCCAACAAUGAUGUGUGAUAACAGUUGUGAAGGGUUUCCAACCCACUUGUGAAGGGUUGCCAACCCAGAAAGCUCAUCCUGAACCUGAGUGUCCAGGGUUUUUAUAGGAGGUCAGUCACAUGGGCAUAUACUGUAGGAUUGACCUGUCACUGAAGCUCUAGGCCCUUACAGAAGUGAAGUUGGUGUUCACCAUAGAUCACAUUGUAUAAAUUAAGGACAAGCUGGGAUAGCAUGGCUCAAGGCCUCAGGCCUGCAAAAACCCUUUAUCAGAACAUUACAAGACCUUAGUUCCUAGAAGCCAACCAAGAGCCAGUCAUGGAAAAAGGCCUUUCUUGGGUUUGAAUGCCCCAGGCCUAUUGAGUUAACCCUUUUCCCUACAGAUUGCAAAGAGAAUGGAUAAAGACAGAAAAGAGAAGGGCUGAUAAUUAAGCCAUGGGUCCCUCCAAUGUUUAUAGUUUGAGAAGAGGAUUGAGCAAAGGACAGGACUGUUUUUUAUUUCCCCCACUGCCAAGAACCCGCCACACCCCAGUAUCCAAGGGACAGUUUAUACUCCCCCUCUAGUGACUCUUGCCUUUAUCUUCUAACAUUUAGAGCAAAUGGAUUAAUGGCCUCCUUGUUUCUCAGUAUGUGUUGAGCCCUCACCCAAAUCCUGGCCAACAGAACCUCCAUAUUAAACUUGGCUCCUACCCAAUCCCCAAACAGCUGAUAGAGAAGCCUCUGGGUUCGAUGGGCGUCUUCUAGAAUGAGUUCCUGUACCUCACAGUAAAGUAAAACUUACUAUGUUGUUCAUUUUGAAAGGAGAAAAAAACAGCAAACAAAAGAGUCAGUUUUAAAUUCUAUUUUACUAAUGCUUUAAUGUCUGAAUAUCUUAAAUCUUAAAAAAUUGAAAAAAUACAGAAAAAGAAGAUGAGACAAUGGUCAAAGCAUCCCAUGAUGAUUUUGUCACAUUUACAUACUGAAUCUGUAGAUCAUUCUGCAAGAUUUGACAUCUUCACAAUACAGCUUGUGGCAUGGAGAUUCUGUUAUGUCUGUCAUUGGGGUUUUGAAGGUUUCUUCUUAUGCUUCCUUUGUUUUCAUUAUUAUGAAUAAAUAUAAACUUUC